AUGCCAUUUGGACUAUGCAAUGCUCCUGGCACAUUUGAGCGUGCAAUGGAACUCAUCAUGAAAGGCCUUCAGUGGCGAACCUUGAUUUUAUAUCUUGACGACAUCAUUGUUAUGAGCUCGACUAUUGGGGAGCACAUCAACCGUCUCGACGAGGUUCUCGGGCGCCUUGGACAAGCAGGACUUAAGCUAAAGCCAAACCAGCUUGCCCGGUGGAUUGAGAUUCUCAGCCAGUUCGACUUCGACAUCGAACAUCGUGCUGGCAGGAAUCAUGGUAAUGCAGACGCAAUGUCUCGAAUACCAUGUGAUCCAGAAUCAUGUGACUGUUAUGACAAAGAAACUAUCAUUGAACAAUUGCCAUGCGGUGGAUGUACAACGAGUGUGAAGCGGCACAAGGCCUGGUCACAGUUCUUCGACGAGGACGACGAUGUCGUUCCCGGUACCCAUAUGAGAGUGCAGCAAACACGCUUGAAAUCAGUUAGAACCCCAAUUGAAAUAGCACUUAGUGUAGACAAGCCCGACAUCAAUGACCGGGACUAUCAUGAAUACGCCGCCAACAUCGUCUCAACGAUGACGGAAGCAUACAACUUAACUCGUGAGCAUCUUGCCUCACAAACUCAGAGACAGAAGAGAGAUUAUGAUGCGAGACUAUCAGUCAAUACCCAAGGCCUCAAAAGUCUGAAUAACUUUGCUCCUUAA